CAAGAUAUGAAAAUAAAUUUAAAUUUUGUGCAACUUGUCAAGCUUACUCCAAAUAAUUUUCAUAAUGAAAGCACUUCUUCAAGCCAUGAAAGUACUUCAAGCCACGUUACUGAGGAUAGUUUUCAAACUCCGACACAUCCUACAAAUCAUUAG